CCUCUGAUGCCCACAACGGUUUUGAUUUAAGGGAAAAAUACCGGUACUUUGCUUGUUUGCUGAGAGCCCGAUUUGAAGAGCAUAAGAAUGAGAAGGACAUGAUGAAGGCUACACAGCUGCUGCAGGAGGCGGAAGAGGAAUUCUGGCAAAAUCAGCAUCCUCAGCCGUACAUCUUCCCGGACUCUCCCGGGGGCACCUCCUAUGAGAGAUACGAAUGCUACAAGGUGGGUGAUGGCUGCUGCAUGUGCGUAGCAGCUGCUUCUCGAGAGACCUCAGCUCUGGAGACCCUGCGUGUGCCGUUUGAGCAGUGGCUAAGCUUUCCCUGACAGCUCAGCUCUUUC